GCUCAAGUGUACCCGCUUGGGAAUUCAACCUGGCGGACGUAGCAGUGAUGGGUCAGAAUUGUUUUGGGCUUGUAGUGCUGCUGUUGCUUGCUCAGACCAGGUUUGCGGCGACGUUCGAUGUCACUGAUGUCGCGGAGAUUUUUUUGAACAGCUCUGACCCGCUGUUCUCCGACCCGUCCGUUCGCCGGAGCGAGGAUGGAAGCUGUGGCGGUGAUGCGAUUACUGGUUCUGUGCGGCCCGUCACAAGUGGCCAUGAAAUCCACGCAGCCACUGGGAGAGAGUGGUGGUGGUCUGAAACUGGGGCCCAAUCCUGUGCUACGGAGACAUGCAGUUACCAAGGUAACCUUGGUCCUGGGGCUUAUUGGUGCCCCCUGGAACCUGGUGGCACAGCUGCGGACCGGGCCAAGUGCGACUGUGAGCAAUGCCCAUGUACCAAUGGAACAGGUGGCUUCAUGUGCACACACUGCGUCGAAGACGCUUCUUGUGGGCAAGGAAGCUAUUGCUCCAGGUCGAUGAUUUUGGACAACAACGACAGGCGCAUCUCCUGCAAGUUCUCCGAUGAGUUGAAGCGAGCCCCGACCUACAAACUUUUUUGGCCAGAUGGUUGGGCCAGCCCUCAAUUCUUUGCUCAAUACUUCCCCUCCGAGGGCCGAGCAAGACUAGAUAUUAUAAACACCAUGUGCAGCCAUCGUCAGCCUAUCUUGAUGCAGUGCACGUGCCAACAGUGCGCUUCCAACUAUGAUGAGAUCGAUGGCCUCACUGGCGAGCAAAGCGGAGUUUGCAAGCAGAAGAAGAUCCCAAGCCCAUGUGCUCGGUGUGAAACCUGCGAGUGUACCUACCCGGAUGAUACCUGGUUGCAGCCCAUCACCAGGACGAUUGUCGAUGGCAUUAAACAAGGUGUCUUCUUGGGUUGCGAGGGCGGUUUAGACUCCAGCAUUUGCACUGCCAUCCUGGACGACUUGCCUGCUCCACUAUCCUUUGACUGCCAAAGUGGCAUUUGUUUCCCAGACAACAUCACACAAGAGGUGAUCAGCGCGACGAGAUCGAUCAAUUUGUUUGGUCAAUGGACCACUGCUGCCAUUUGCAUCCUCUUCCUACUGGCGUGUGUCUCGGUGCUCAUCAUGGCCAGCAUUUUGGUGCACUGUGCACGCACCAAGAGGUUUCGCAGCAGCGCGCCGCUGGAUAUGCCCGGUGCACCUCUGGCAGCUCUGGCCGCCGCCCAGGCAGCCCUUGGAGGCUUCGGAAGUAAUCCUCCAGGUGCCACCCUGGUGUUCAGCUGGCAGAAAGUCAACUGCGCACGAAAUGGGAAGGAGGUGUUGAAAGAUGUCGCUGGAGCUGUAGAGUCCUCAUCUUCGGGGCGUGGCGCUUUGGUGGCUUUGCUUGGACCCUCUGGCAGUGGAAAGACGACUCUGCUUGAGGCGCUGUCAGGGCGCAUGUCACACGGAGACACUGCCACCGUUUGCAUCAACGGCAAGGCCAUGUCUCCGGCAAGUCGUCGUCGACACAUCUCCUUUGUGUACCAGGACGAUAUCUUGGGAGCAACUUUGACAGUGCGGGAGGCGCUGGAAUUUUCGGCCGCCAUGCGUCUGCGAGCACUCUCAGCCUCGCAAAGGGCCGGCCGUGUCUCUUGGGCUUUGAAGACGUUGAAUUUGGAGGAGGUGGCUAACUCCAGAAUUGGAGACAGUUUGCGACGCGGAGUUUCGGGUGGAGAGCGCCGAAGGGUCGCCAUAGGUGUGGAGCUCGUUGUAUCGCCACCCAUCAUGUUCUUGGAUGAACCCACCACUGGACUGGAUGCGAGCUGUGCUUUGAUGCUCGGGCAGGUCCUGGCAAAGCUAGCAGAGGGUGGACGACUUCUCAUUUGCAGUAUGCAUCAACCUCGCCAUGAGUUGAUGCGGCUGUUCGAUGCCAGGCUGGAUCUUGGACAAGAUGGACAGCAUCUCCUCCAAACCACGGAGUUCUUGCCCGCCAAGGAGGAACUUUCAGAUGUGGAGACCGCCAGGACGAAUCCCACCAACCAGACCGACUGCAACGUGGAUGAGGUCAUUGCCACAGAGAUUUCACGGGCAACAAGCAGGAGGUCCUUCGCAGGCCGUUGCUGCUCACGAUCUGAAGAUGAUGACCUUUCAGAAGCACUGACCAUCGCUGGACAAGCAACCGCUGGCGUCGCACCUGCAAACCUCGCGUUUCAGGUCUUUAUCCUGUGGGAGCGAAGCUUCCGAGAGGCAACGCGUGGAAGCUUCACUGGCAUCGUUGCAGCGACUGUUGUGGCAUCGGUGGCUGUGGUGAUUGGACUCACCUUCAGUGAUCUUGAGAAUGGAGUCGCUGGAGUGCAGAAUCGCUUUGGUUCAGCCUUCUUCACCCAGCUCUUCUUCAGCUUCUUCGGAUUGCAGGCCUGCACUCUUUGGUACAUUGAUCGUGAUCGGAUGGACCGAGAACGAGCGUGCAGACUCUACAAUGUCGUCUCAUACUUCAUCGCGAAAGCUUGCUCAUACCUUUGGUGGUACUGCCUCAUUGUGCCAGCACUCUAUGUGGGAAUUGUGUAUCCUCUCAUCGGCUUCCAAGCGAGUAUAUCCAAGUUCAUGACAUUCUACCUGUGCACAGCUGCCACAACUGCGGCUGCAAGUGCAGUUAGUCUCAUUUGCCUCUCAAUCAACAGCUCCUUUGCAUCUGGCAUAUCAUUGGCAGCUAUCUUCCUGACAGUGCUUCAAAUGUAUGCUGGCUUCUUGCAGCGGCGCGAUGCCAUUCCUCCUGCUUUGAGGUGGCUGACUGAUGUGUCGCCGUUUGCACAUGCCUUCGCUGCCAUGAUCUCCAGUGAGUUCACUGGCUUGGAGACCACCAUCGAUGCGACAGGCUUUGACGCGGUGACUGUGGAUGGAAGUAUUUGGCCAGAGCAGUUCAAUGUUGACCCAAACAACUUGGAGCACAACGUGAAGAUGGUGGGACUUGUUGCCUGCGGCGCAUGGCUGGUAGCUCUAAUUCCGCUCUGGCUCAGAGCGUACAGAGUGAAGAAGACGGACUGCUUGCGAUCCAUCGUUCGCAGGAACCAGCGAAGCUGUUCUAGAUCCUUGGAAGCCCCAUCCUGGGUCAGUGCAAGGAUGAAGGGCUCAGCUGCAUUGGUGUGGAAGGACAUGCAUGCAACUUUGCCCAAUGGAGGGCAGCUCUAUGACGGGAUGAAUGGCAUGGUGCGUGCCGGAAGGCCACUGGCAGUUCUCGGCCCAUCUGGCUGUGGCAAAACCACUCUUUUGUCUUGCCUUGCUGGUGAGGUGACGCGAACCAGGUGCAAUGGGCGUGUCUACCUGAACAGGCAAUGCAUUGCCAGGAGUAAGUUGAGAAGAACAGUUGGGUACGUCCGUCAAGAUGAUGCCUUGCAUCCAGAGCUUACAGUCUAUGAGGCAAUAUCCUUUGCAGUGGCUUUAAGGAUGCCCCAUGCCAGCCGGACGGCGUGUCACGAGCGUGUGUGCUGGACGCUUAACCGACUUGGACUGGAGGCCGUGGCACACUCCAAAGUGGGCGGACACAAGUCCCGUGGCAUUUCCGGGGGCGAGCGCCGGCGGACAGCAGUUGGUGUAGAACUCUCAGUUGCUCGCGGUGUUCUGGCCCUGGACGAGCCCACUAGUGGCCUUGACAGCGACAGUGCACUGGCUUUGGGAUGCCUCUUAUCAGAGCUUGCUUCUGAAGGUUGCAUCCUGCUGGCUUCCAUGCACCAGCCUUCACCAGAACUUCUGGCAUACUUUUCGCACACUCUGGUGCUUGGAUCCCACGGGAGAGUCGCAUUCCAUGGGGAGACCAAGUCUUUGUCAGAAUACAUCACUCCUUUGCGACAUCUUCAUCCUGAAGGGGGUCUUGGCAGUGCGUCGGACGUGUUGCUGGAUAUCAUCUCCAGCGAUAAUGCCUAUGCGGCUUUCACCGCGCAUGAGAAGGCAGAACACAAGAAGAUCAUGGAAUUCGAGAUUCAGUCUGCGUUUAAUGCUGCCUCUGAAGAAGAACAGGAGGUGAAGGCGGCAACAAUUCCGCCGCUGAGGGUACAGCUGUUCCAGCUCCUCCUUAGAGAGAUGCGAAUUCAGAGGAACCUUGCAACCUACACUUUCUUCGAGGCGACCAUUGCAGGUUUGCUUCUGGGAGCCACCUACUACCAGAUGUCUCUUCGACUGGCCGGGGUGAUAAGUCGCCUUGGCCUGGUCUUUGCAGUGCACUGCACGCUCGGGAUGCAGGCUUUGCAAGGUCUUUUGGCCUGGCGCGAAGGCUACACCAGCUUUCGACGAGAGCGGGCCGCAGGAUACUACUACACGGGCUCCUUUGUGGUUGCUAAGGUGGUCGUAGAUGCACUUCUCUUGCGAGUCGGUCCACCUGCUUUGAUGUGCUUCAUUGUCUACAUGCUAGCUGGCUUGCAGCCUGGGCGAGAGGCUGUGUGCUGCCUUGGCUUUUGCCUUGCCUCACUUGUUGGCUCCACUUUCUGUUUGGCCUUGGGAGCUACAGCUCCUAGAUCCGGCGCUGUCCUACCAUUGGCUGUGCUGUUGAUACUCCUUUUCCUCUUGAUUGGCGGGCCACUUCUUGCAACGCAGCAAGGGGCGCUCCGGAACUUCUCCAUCUUUCGAGCGUCCUUCAACAUGCUCUCAGCAAAUGAGAUGCGCGGCCUUGUCUUUGAGUUUGAUCCAGAAGGAGUUGUCACAACCCUCGGGAGCCGCACUGGCGAGGAUUGGAUGAUGGACCUGGGAAUCCAAGACAAUCCCGUGCAUGAAGAGAUAGGCUGGCUUCUUGGUUGGUCUUCUUUCUAUGUCUUGUUUGCAUGGCUUGUGCUAGUUCUGCAAUCAGAAUCAGCUAUUUGGCCAAGCUUUACCCUUCGAGGAUGCUGUGCUAAUGCAGUUGCUUCGGAAGAUCAUGCAUCGAAGCAUGAGAUAGGAAGACGCAGAAGCACAGCCAGUGAAUGAGCUGUACAGAAUAGUCAGUGAAUACUAACUCCUGAUGCAUUUUUCGAAAAAAAUCCAUCAGAUUCAAUCUGUCGACCAUCGACAGGUCUUUCUUUCUCUACACCCUUGGGGGUGUCGUGCCUCAGGCAAACCUGCAUAUCUUCAC